GGGACCCAGCCGCCUCCCCGCCCAGCCCAGCCCAGCCCUUCCGCCCACCCAGGAUGGAGGCGCCCGCCAGCGCUCAGACCCCUCACCCGCACGAGCCCAUCAGCUUCGGCAUCGACCAGAUCCUCAACAGCCCGGACCAGGACAACACCCCCGCCCCGCGGGGCCCCGACGGCGCCAGCUACCUGGGAGGGCCCCCCGGGGGCCGUCCGGGCGCCACAUACCCGUCUCUGCCCGCCUCCUUUGCCGGCCUCGGCGCGCCCUUCGAGGACGCGGGAUCUUACAGUGUCAACCUGAGCCUAGCUCCCGCCGGCGUGAUCCGGGUGCCGGCGCACAGGCCGCUGCCCGGGGCCGUACCGCCGCCUCUGCCCAGCGCGCUUCCCGCCAUGCCCUCCGUGCCCGCGGUCUCCAGCCUGGGCGGCCUCAACUUCCCCUGGAUGGAGAGCAGCCGCCGCUUUGUGAAAGACCGCUUCACAGCGGCGGCCGCGCUCACGCCCUUCACCGUGACCCGGCGCAUCGGCCACCCCUACCAGAACCGGACGCCGCCCAAGCGUAAGAAGCCGCGCACAUCCUUUUCCCGGGUGCAGAUCUGCGAGCUGGAAAAGCGCUUCCACCGCCAGAAGUACCUGGCCUCGGCCGAGAGGGCGGCGCUCGCCAAGUCCCUCAAAAUGACGGACGCGCAGGUCAAGACCUGGUUCCAAAACCGAAGGACCAAGUGGCGGCGGCAGACGGCGGAGGAGCGGGAGGCGGAGCGGCAGCAGGCUAGCCGGCUCAUGCUGCAGCUGCAACACGACGCCUUCCAAAAGAGCCUCAACGACUCCAUCCAGCCCGACCCGCUCUGUCUGCAUAACUCGUCGCUCUUCGCUCUGCAGAAUCUGCAGCCCUGGGAGGAGGAUAGUUCCAAGGUCCCCGCCGUCACCUCGCUGGUGUGAGCCACCAGUACGCACCGUCGCCACAGAUCGCCAUCCCCACCCGGCGGGGCACCUCGGACCCGCAGCCGGGCUG